CAACAUAAAACAAAUGACAUGAUACUAUGACACCAUCAACAGUGUCUGGCCUCUCAGCGAUGCCGCUCUGGACUGUUGCAAAAGCUUAACGAGGUGGCUAAAUGCUGAGCCGUUGAUGGGAUAAGAUAGCAAGUUAUGGAUGCUUUGUAGAUCAGAAAAUAGACGAGAACGCACUCAAAGAAUGAUCCAAGGUACCACGAUGGCUGGUAUUUUGUACAGUCACAGGCCGGUCUAUCCUUCAGGCUUGAAAUCGCCUGAGCCAAUCCAUCUCACAGAUCCAGCCUAGCUUUUGGAAUGGAGAACGCAGAAACUGAGGAGCAGGCAAACAAUGUACCGGAACAUACUUCGGAUACAGAAAUGCCUAAUGCCCCAACCGCAGAUGAGACGGUCGAUAAGAACAAUCAGUCUGAUCGCACAGCCAAGCCAGUAGACAAUGGCCCAACUGACCACGUAAAGAAGGCUCCAGAAUCAAUAGUUUCGGCACCAGGAUCAUGGCAGAUUCCUCCGGGCGCGUUGGCAGCCAGCAAUAAUACAUCAACUCCAGUGAAUCCUGUCUCAUACCACCCACCAACUGCCUCGUCCAAGGCAGCCGAAAAAAUAGAAAAAGUAGAACAACGCAUACGCGACGAUCAAUAUGACUUGGACGCAUGGACGAUCCUCAUUAACGAGAUUCAGAACAAUGGCGACAUUAAUGCUAUUCGGGAUGUCUAUGAGCGCGUACUCAAAGUUUUCCCCACCUCGGCUAGACACUGGUUGGGAUACUUGGAGCUUGAACUGAAGCAUGCGAACUUUACUGAAGUUGAGAACAUUUUCACUCGUUGCCUCAAGACUGUUCUCUCCGUCGAUCUAUGGAAAUUCUAUCUGAAUUAUAUUCGUCGUAUCAACAACACGGAGGAUGGAAAACUAGAAUCCGAUACAAGGACCGUCAUCGAGAAAGCCUAUGAUUACGUAUUAGUAAAUGUAGGAAUUGACAAGGAUUCUGGUGCUAUUUGGAGCGACUAUAUCUUCUUUCUUAAAAAUGCAGAGACUAGCAAUACCUGGGAAGAGCAGAGGAAGAUGGAUAGCAUGCGUCGAGUGUACCAGCGAGCGGUGGCGAUCCCUUUGAACAACGUUGAACAUCUGUGGAAGGAGUACGAUCAGUGGGAGAAUGGUCUUAAUCGAUUGACAAUGAAAGCAUUUGCAGAUACUAUCAACAGAUCCGUGGUCGCCAAACCCACCGAAUGGACGGAAUCGGAAAUUCAGCAACUGGACGCUUGGAAGCAAUAUAUUGCCUGGGAGACUGGCAAUCCUCUUCAAUUGGAAGACAACAGUCAAGUUUCUGAAAGAGUCGUAUAUGCCUAUCAGCAAGCCUUAAUAUACCAGAGAUUCUACCCUGAGAUAUGGUACGAAUUUUCCAACUACUACAUAGAGACAGAAAAGCCUGAUCGAGCAAUGGCCGUCCUUACGAGUGGCAUGGAAGUCCUGCCAUCAAGCUUGCUUCUUCACUUCGCCUAUGUUCAAUUGUGCGAAACACAAAAGAAGGUGCCGGAGGCUCGCCAGGCUUUAGAUGCUCUCUUGGAAAAUCUUGAACAAAAAAUAGAAGUAAUUGAGAAAGCAGCCAGCGAAGAAAUAGAAGAGCUUGAUCGAGCCGCCGCUGAAGAACGUUCCGGAAUGGAUCUUGGAGAUGACAUUGAUGGAGAACUUCGUGAACGACUUCGUACUAAAGAGAAGCAGGUCGAGAAAGAGAAGAACAAGAUCAAGGACGACAAAAACUCAAAAGUCGGUGUACUGGCUAGAACAUGUUCUCAGGUUUGGAUCAUAUACAUGCAGUUUAUGAGGAGAUCAGAGGGUAUCAAAAGUGCCCGUAGCAUCUUUAGCAAAGCACGUAAAUUUGCACACGUCACUUACCAUGUCUUCGUGGCAUCCGCUCUGAUGGAGUACUAUAAUAGUAAAGAACCCAUUGUUGCUGGUAAAAUUUUCGAACUUGGUCUCAAGUCAUUUGGUGACGAUGCCGACUUCGUGGAGCAAUAUCUGGAUUUCUUAAUCCAGUUGAAUGACGAUAAUAACACUAGAGCCUUGUUUGAACGAGCACUCGCCGUUAUGCCGAAUGAAAAAGCAGGGUCAAUAUGGCGAAAGUUUGCAACGUAUGAGAGCAAAUAUGGCGAUAUGACGGGCAUAGAGAGAGUUGAAAAGCGAUGGAGAGAUGCAUUCCCAGGCGAAUCCAAGCUGAGCAUCUUCGUGGAAAGAAACAGCUAUCUAAACAUUGAGGCCAUAAAGGAUUUGGAAUUGGGUGGACAAGCCCGUGAAGGUAAGGCGGCACCGCCGAUCCAAGUGCCAACUACCACGAUUCAGGAUCAAAAUCCUGUUGUGUCUGACAAGCGAGGAGGAGGAAAGGAUCGCAAAGGCAACAGAUCACUGUUGGACGCAUAUCACCCCGAACGAUAUCCCCGCCCCGACUUCAACCUUUGGCAAGCUCACACUCCAUCGGCUGAUGCGGUAACCGCACCCCCAGUUUCAGCCGCUGCUCAAGCCAUUAAGCCACCCUCCGGACCAGCAGCUAGUGCCUCGGCACCUCUAUCAAAUCAGCCUCCUGCGGCUGGCGCGCUGUCGCAAAUGGAAUUGGAUCCACCUGUUAACCAGUCGAGAUGGAAACAAGGAGCAUUGCCUGAAGCCGUAGCAUACUUUUUAUCUCAGCUUCCACCUCCUGAGGCAUUUGAAGGUCCUAUCAUUAGUGCAUCCAGCUUCAUGGACAUUAUGUUGACCACCGUCAUCCCUCCUCCACCACGUGUUACUAUUGGAUCAAUAUUAGAUAGCAUACGUAGCUCUAUUGCAACUGUAUAAAUGUAGUGAAGGACGGAUGAUGGAGGCUAUCAAUAGUCUUAAACUGAUGAAAUUUGGCAAAAAUAAAAAAAUGGCACUCAAUGCGGUGGCUGAUGUGACGGCUUCAACCGUGAAAUUUGAAUUUA